GUAAAUGGACACCCAAAAACUCGCUGCACCAGAUGCGGAAAUUAAAACAUGUCACUGCUAGUGCUCGCUCUCAACUACCCGCUGGUCCCUGACGGGCUGACGUGCUCUACGCCUCCACACUCAUUAUUAUUUUUUGUCGCGAGGGCAAUGCAUCGGUGGAGGUUGCUGCCUGCCAUCAACACGGGCCGUGGCGCGGCGUCGACCUCCGUCAGUUAUCCUUGGAACAAGUCCAACUCGCGGCCAGGAAUCACCGAGCCAGCAGGAUACCAUCACACCACACCCUGCGAUUGACCUUCCUUUAAUUUGCUUCUUCUUCAACCAAUCAACCAUUCUCCAUGCCGGCACCACGUCUCUCUCUAAUUACUUUGGCUGCUUCUCAGGCUGGGUGAGGGUUUCCCCUAAUCUGGCCCAUGAGAUGUUCACCGGCUGGAGUAAACACCUUUUCUGGGAUGUUUUUUGGCAGGAGUAAUGCUUAGUCACAUGUCAAGUGAUGUGCAUCAUCAGAUUCUUGCGCUCCCAGGUACAAGCCAAGCAGACCGGGCGUCCACGCGCCUCGUGCACAAGGCUAGCUGGAUCAUGGCCACAGCGGCGGCGAGGUUAUCCAUCGCCUGCCUCAACGUCGCCUUCUUGCUCCUGGCCGCCUUCUUCUGCGUCUCGCGCCCCGCCGUGCCGCGGGAUUCGGCGACGCCCAUGAACGGCUGGAGCGUCCUCCUUCUCGAGCGUGAGGGGCGCGGCCACGGCCAUGGCGGCGGCUGCGACGGUGCUCACCGGCGGCUGGAGGUUAACAAGGACAGGUGCGACUACGCCGCCGCCGCCUCUGCAUCGUCAUUUGACAGCCGGUGCUACCCACGGGGACGGGGCUACGUCGACUACCUGUACUUGUUCUACUGCGUCUGCGGCGAUGAGCACCGGGCCCUUGGGUACGCCGCGAUGGCCGCGUGGCUCGCCGUGCUCUUCUACGUCCUGGGCGACACCGCGGCGGUGUACUUCUGCUCCAGCCUCGAAGGCCUCUCGCGGCUCCUCCGCCUGUCCCCGGCGGUGGCCGGCGUCACGCUCCUGUCUCUGGGCAACGGCGCGCCGGACGCGCUCUCCACCAUCGCCUCCUUCGCGUCGGGUGGCAGCAGCGGGAAGGGAGCGAGCACCAUAGUGGGGCUCAACGGCUUGCUCGGCGGCGCGCUGUUCGUGUCCUCCGCCGUGCUCGGCGUCGUCUGCCUCCACGUCGGCGGCCGCGGCGUUGCCAUCGACAGGGGCAGCUUCUUCCGGGACGCGUGCUUCCUCCUCGUCGCCCUCGCCGCCGUGGCCGUUGUCCUUGCCGCGGGCGAGGUCAGCAUAUGGGGCGCCCUCGCCUUCACCUCCAUCUACCUCGUGUACGUCCUCGUCGUCGUCUUCAUCCACGGCAAAUCGCACGACGGAGAGGCGGAGGCGGCGUGGGUCGAAAACACCAACGCCUCGUCGGAGCUCUGCAACGUCCUGGAGACGGGUUUUUACCCGGACCAAGAACCGCUGCUCCCCGAAACGGCACCCCUCCUGCAGUACUACGCCGGCGAGGGCGAUGGCAACGCAACGAAGAAGAGGAGGAGCGUUUUCUGGUCGGCGGUGCGCGUGCUGGAGUUACCUCUGUACCUCCCGCGGCGGCUGACCAUACCGGACGCGAGCGAGGAGCGUUGGAGCAAGCUGGCCGCGGUCACCGCGGCGACCCUCUCCCCUGUCUUCCUCUCUUUCCUCUGUAGCCACGCCACCGGGAGCCCGCCUCUCGCCCUCCUCCUCGGCGGCAUCGCCGGCCUGUCCCUGGGCCUGCUCGCCUUCCUCAGCACGGAGGCCGAUGCCCCGCCGACGAAAUUCCUCUCGGCCUGGCUCGCCGGUGGGUUCGUCAUGAGCGUGGCUUGGGAGUACGUCAUCGCCAACGAACUCCUCUCCCUCAUCGUGUCCGUCGGCUUGGUGCUGGGCGUGGAUCCGGCGACGCUGGGGCUCACCGUUCUAGCAUGGGGCAACUCGCUGGGCGACCUCAUCGCCAACGUGGCCGUGGCCAUGGCGGCGCGGGGCGGUGGGGCCCAGGUGGCCGUAGCUGGUUGCUACGGCGGGCCGGUGUUCAACGUCCUCGUUGGGCUGGGCCUGUCUCUGUUGCUGUCUUGCUGGGUCGGGUACCCGAAGCCCGUCCCGAUACCCUGGGAGCCCAGGCUUUAUCAAACGAUAGGCUGGGUAACUGUUGGGGUUUUGUGGUCCUUCGUCAUGCUUCGAAGAAGGGGCAUGAAAGUGGAUAGGACGCUAGGCUUUGGGCUCCUGGUCAUAUACUUGUGCUUCUUGUGUACUACUCCCUCUCUUUUUGUUUAAAUGUCAAAUUAAAAAAAGUAUGGAUGGUAGAAUAUUUUUUGUA